UUUAGCAAUACUGUUCAUAAUGGACGUGCCUAAAACCUACAAUUUUAGCAAAACUAAAGCUGUUCUGGCCGAGAUACAGAACGUUCUUAAAUGUCCUGUUUGUGAGGAUAUUGCAGUUAACCCUUUUUCACUUGGACAAUGCUCACACUUCUUCUGUAAAUCCUGUCUCGGCAGAUCAAGAGGAGGACGAUGUCUAGCACCUGGUUGCUCUGCAUCAGCACCUGCUAAGGAUGCAUCAUCUAAUAAACUCAUUCAUUCAUUCACUUGUAGUCUUUUUAAGAUCGGAGAGAUACUAGGUGAACAGGUUCCUGAUAGGUUAAAGGAGCAAAUGGUUACACCUUCAGAAGAAAUUUUAACAAGUACUGAAGAUCAAGUUGAGAAACAGACCCCAAAUAACAAGAAGAACACAAAGAGAAAGCUUAGCCCAGUGGUCUCCAACCACAGUAAUGUCGGAGAGUCCGAGGAAUUUCCUUCAAACAACAAAAAUUCUCGUCAAGUUUCUAAAAGAUCGAGAUCUGUGAUACCUGUUGCAGGAUCUAGUAUACAAGGAGAUUCCAAGUUUAAAUCUCCGACUCGCCAGAGGAGAUCUAAAACCAUCCUGCCACUGCCAUCUACUGAAGAUCAAUCAUAUUUUUCAAACAGAAAGAAACCUGCCUCCUUGGAGAAAAAGAAUAGAAAAGGUGAAACUGCACUCCAUACUGCAGCUGUCAAGGGAGAUGAUAAAACUGUUCUCAAACUGUUGGAGCAGGGAGCUAAUCCUAACACAGUAGAUAACGCAGGAUGGAGCCCUCUUCACGAAGCAUCAAUUGCAGGGAGAGAGGAUAUUGUGAGAAUAUUGUUGAACUAUGGAGCCAGUCCAAAUCUACACGCUCAAGAAGAGAAUCUGACCCCACUUCAUGAUGCUGUCAGUAAUGGUUUUGUCAACGUGGUUCGGCUCCUUGUGUCCCACGGAGCUGAUAUUAAAGCAAAGAACAGUCAAGGGUUAACUCCACGUGAGGUUGCCGUGUCUGAAGAAAUGAUCUCUGCUCUCGAAGAAACUCCUCUGGAAAUGACUGACAGCCAAAUGUUGAAUCAGUCUCUUGUACAGCAGGAUAUACUUCUCCCUGAGAAUAUCGUCCUAUCCUGUCCUCAAUCCUCGGAUACGGACUUCAAGAAGAUUACCGCAGCUGCUGCUAAGCUCAAGCUUAGGAAACCAAGUAGAGCUCUAACCGUGAAAACUACACAUUGUUUGCUAGAUAGUUCUAAGAACGUGAACUACAUAUACUCUGCACAGCUCGUCGGAGCAGAGAUUAUCACCUCGGAAUGGAUUUAUCAAUCCAGACAGCUUGGCGUAUUGGUGGAUACAGAACAUUUCUUGCUUCAAUCGUCGGAUUUAAUUCAAUCAGGACGAACCAGAUCAAAGGAUUGUAGGUUAAGAGGUCAACCUAAACUGUUCACAGGUCUUCAUUUUUAUCUAACCGGAGGGUUUGAUAAACCUAACUGCUCCAAGACUGAUAUUCAAAAACUGAUUUCUCUCUCUGGUGCAAAACUUUUAAAAAGAGAACCGGAUCCGGAAAACCUUCCUGUUGCAGAAAAGACGGUUCCGCAUCAUGCGGAGCAGAACUCUUCGUUAGGCAUAACUUCACACAUAAUUCUAUACCAGGAGGGAGGAAAGCGGGAACCUCUACUCAAAUAUAACAUGGAGCACUUGAAAACUAUUCCUUUAAUCUGGUUUCUACAGUGUAUACUUCACCAUCAGCUGCUAGAGCCUAAACUUUAUCUCUAAUAUUUCUAUAUUAUAAUAUGUACUCCAGAAUGUUCAAAAUUUCCGAACCUGUAAAUGUAUUCAGUACUAAUAAAUGUUAUAAGUAUUAAUUUAAA